AGUGUUUUUUUUUUUUGACAAUUAUUUAUUUAUUUAUUUACCUUAUUAUUAUAUUAUAAAAUAUUUGUUCUAUUAAUUAAUAAUUAUUAACUAUAGCUAUAGUCUAAUCAUCGACUAUUAAUUUAUUUAUAUUGACAUCAUACUAGUUUAAUUAAUUAUUAAUUAAUUUCCUGUAUAAUUGUGAAAACAAUCAUUGUUCUUUGAACAAAAAAAAAAAUGAAUAAAUGACUCAACUUUUGAUGACAGAUCAGCUGUAGCAGCUGUAUCAGUAAAACAACAUUGAACAACAGUAAACAAAGAUUUGUCAGUCACGAUGGACACUGAUUGUGCUCCACCAGAAAUAACAAAUAUUUCUGUUGAUAAUAAUAACACAUCAAGAAGUGUCACACCUGAUUCUGUAUCAUUAAAUUCAAAUUAUAAUGAUUUACACUGGUAUUACAUACCUGACUCAAUAUUACUAAGUAUAUUUCAAUAUUUAACUCCAAAAGAAAUUGUCAAUGCUGGUCUUGUUUGUACAUCCUGGAAUCGUAUAUCACAAGAUGAAUUAUUAUGGAAAAAAUUAUUUUAUAAAACAUAUAAAAUUGAGCCAAGUGUUGGUAUUAUGCCAGGUAAAUCAUCAUGGUUUGAUGAAUUUAAACGACUGACAUAUCACACACCAUUGUUAGAAACUGAAGUGUUACUUGAACAUUCACAUCAAGUACUUCACGUUAGUUUUUCUCACAAUGGUAAAAUGUUUGCUACAUGCUCCAAGGAUGGCUAUAUUUUGGUUUGGAAUAGUUCAUAUCCAGCUGCAAUUAAAUAUCAACAUGAUAUGAAAAUGUUUAGUUGGAAAUAUACACAAUUUUCACAGUUUAAUUCAUCAGAUACAUUGCUACUUGUGUCUGGUGUACAUUUUGGUACACUUCAUAGUACAUCUGGUGAAAUUGCUGUUUUUAAAUUAGCACCUGGCUUUGAAUUACAAUGUAGAGUUGUUAAUAAACCUUAUGACAUAUUUGGAACGUGGUACAGUGAACGUCAUCUUUUGAGUGGUGAUUUAAAUUGGCUUGCACACCUGGUUAGUUCAAGUGUGUUAUGGCUAAAUAAGGCUAAUCAAGAAUCAGCAAGUGAACAUGUACCAAUAAUGAAUCAACUUUACAAAUUUUAUAAUUCAAAUGCUGCGUCAAUCAGAUCAGUCAUGGUUGCAAAUUGUCUUUGUCCAGAAUUAAAUACAACUCAACAAAUAAACGAUCAGCCAUCAACAUCAUCAUCAUCAAGUAAUAAAGAUGAACGUGGUAAUCCAAUGAGUCAUAGAGAUAUUUAUUCAUCAUCACCAAGUGAUGAUCAACCUCAAGAAGAGCCAGAUAUUUUACAUCAUGCUUCAUCAAGAUUACAAUACACGACACUUGAAGGUGGCUUUAUGAAUUGGAAACGUCUUGGUGAUGGUUUUGAAUAUGCAAGUCCAAUACGAUAUAAUCAAGAAUAUAGACAAGUUGAAAUGGAAAAAGGAACAAUUGAUGAUGAAAUUGAUAAUGAAGAAAAUGAAUUGAAUUCAGAAGAAAUAGAAGAAGAAGAAAAAAAUGAAGAUGAAAAGGAAGAUGAUGAAGAAGAAGAAGACGAAGACGAAGAAGAAGUGGAUGAUCUAGUUGAUAAUCCAGAAAAAUUUUUAAUAUUUACAACUGGUUCACAAACAUAUACACCACAUCAAGUUGGUUUUAAACGUAUAAAACCUGUUAAUUUUCCAAAAAGAUUAGAACCAGGUCUAUCAUUACGUGAGAGACUUGCUGAACGUGAAAGAGAAAAACAAAAUUCUAGUUUAAAACAAGAACCAGACUAUCUUGAUUACAAUUCAGUUGCUGGAAAAUUUGAUAAAGUUGAUCAUUUAAUUGAUCUUCAUGGGCAUAUUAUUGGAAUGGGUUUAUCACCUGAUGACAGAUAUCUUUAUGUUAAUACACGACCAUGGCCUCGAGGAUACGUUAUAACAAAUCCACUACAACCACCUCCAAUUGCUCAAGAAAUUGAUAUUCAUGUUAUUGAUUUGGUAACACUUAAAGAAGUUGGAACAAUGUUGAGAGCCCACAAAGCAUAUACUCCAAAUAAUGAAUGUUUUUUUAUAUUUCUUGAUGUUUGUAAUGAAUACGUAGCCAGUGGUGCUGAAGAUAAACAUGGCUAUUUAUGGGACAGACAUUAUGGUGUUUGUUUAGCAAAAUUUCCUCAUUCUGAUGUUGUUAAUGCUGUUGCAUUUAAUCCACAUGAUCCAGAAAUGCUUGUCACAACAAGUGAUGAUUAUACUGUAAAGGUUUGGAGAAGUAGAGCUGCUGCAAAGUCACUUGGUCUUGAUGAAAAUGCCUACAGACGAGGACUUGAAGUACGAAAAAGACGUAAAUAUCAUCAAAGUAAUUGUAGUGUUGACUGACAUGAAUCAUUAUUUCAAAUUUAAAUUAUCUUCAUUUAUAUAUCGUUAAAUUUAUUUAACAAAGAGAUAAAUCAAUAUUGUUAUUAUGUUUUUACAUUAUAUUUUGUUUUUUUUUUUUUCAAUUAAAUUUGAAGCUUUUUUUAAAAUUUAAUUUAUUUAAAAGAGUAAAUUUGUGGUAAUUUAUUUUUAAUUAAAAAUUUAAAAACAAAUGUACUCUUUUAAAUUUUUUUAUAACAUGCGAAAUUAAAUUUUGCAAUAUUUGUUAAUAUUUCUAUAUAAAUAUAUAUAUUUAAAAUAUAAUUAUGUUUACUUUGCAAACAAUAUUUAAAAUUGUUAUUUUCGUUUUAUUUUUAUAAUUUAUGCUUGCCAUUUUUUUAUACGUUUUAUUUUUUGUAAAUAUGUUGAUGUAAAUGCAAAUAUACCUAUAUCUAUUAUUUUCAAUGGCUGUUAAACAAUAUCCUCAGAAUUUAUUAAGUAACAUGUGAUAAUAUGUUAACAAUAAAAUAUUAAUGACAUUAUUGAAUAAUAUUGUUCAAACACUAAUAGUUGUUUAAAUAAAUAAUGAAUAGUAUAUCCGCACAAAUGUUUAUGACAUUGUUUUGUCAAUUAGCAAAUAAUCUUGUUAAAUCAAUCAUUAACAAAAAAGUCAGUAGUUAGAUGAAAAAUAGAUAAUAAAAAAAUGUUUUAUUGUUAAAUCUUCUUUGAAGCAUUAAUAUUUUCAUUUGAAAAAUAAAUAUUUAAUAAAUUUUAUCUAAAUUUUAAGAAAAAAAUUGCCUUAUUUGAUAUAUUUUUGUCUUAGAAUAAAUUUUAAAACUAUUUCGAAAAACUUUCAAAUUUAUUUUUUUUAUCUUGAGACUUUUAUUUAUAAUGCAUGUUUUUUAAAUAAUUAAUAAAUUAUGAAAUGAUGAUAAUGAAUAAAUAAAAAGAAAAAUGUUAUGAAAUAAUUGAAUAUAUAAUUUUAAUGUUAUCCAUAAGUAUAUCUUUUCUGCGAUUUAAAUGACUAUUUUAUUGAUUAACCGGAAGCCAGGAAGCACUUGAAUUUAAAAUCCAUUUAAUAUCUAUCAUAAGUAGCUUAUAUAAAAACUCAAGUAAAUUAAAUUGUGACUUUUAAAUUUAA